AUGACGAAAGGUUCCAAGAAGAGAGUUAGUCAAUUCGAAUUGUUAUCGACAGAAUUUCCUGCCGAUCAAUCGAAUGGCAAUAAUCAAGUUUAUUCCAUCUCAUCGAGUCAACACAUAUCAGACGAUUCACCAGCACGGAUAGAAGAUGAUUUGACAAGAGGCCGUCGGAUUAUUGAUGAUGUUAACAUGAACAAUAAAAUGUCGAAAUCGAAAUUUCUAAUGGAACCGGAGACAAAUUUCAAUCCUUUGAUCGAAUACGCUAAUGAACCUCUGUUACCACUUUACAAAGCAUGUGUUCCGCUAGAGAGUCUCAUCUAUAACCUCUCAGGAUAUGUUAAAUUAGCACUUGAUGCAACACCCGAACAGCCGCCGGAUGGAUUAACCAUUGAUGAAAGUGCCGCUAUUCGUUUGUACACAUUCGAAUGGAAUAAACCACAUAAAAGUCNUGAUUGGCCAUGUUCGGCAGAUAUUUGA